AUGGCUUCCCGGGACACACCGCCGGCCACCAGCUAUGCCCCGCCCGACGUGCCCUCGGGGGUCGUUGCUGUGUUUCUCACCAUCCCCUUUGCCUUCUUCCUACCGGAGCUGGUGUUUGGGUUCUUGGUCUGGACUCUGGUGGCUGCCACACACAUAGCGAAUCCUUUGCUGCACGGAUGGGUGCUAUAUGUGUCCCUCACCUCAUUUCUCAUCUCCCUGAUGUUCUUGAUGUCCUACUUGUUGGGAUUUUACAAACGUUUCGAGUCAUGGAGGGUCCUGGACAGUCUGUACCACGGAACCACAGGCAUCCUGUACAUGAGUGCCGCUGUCCUGCAAGCACACGCCACUAUCAUUUCUGAAGGUGGUAACUCAAGCCAAUACUACAUCAACACUGCAGCCUCAUUCUUCGCCUUCCUCACCACCCUGCUCUAUAUUCUGCAUGCCUUCAGCAUCUAUUACCACUGAAGCACAGGAGAAACAAACCCAGUGAGAGACUCCCUUUCUGGAGGCCGUGUGUGAUUAUCCCCCAAAGCAGGUCUUGCCAUUUGUCAUUCAGGUGAUAAAUGGAAGAUCCACCAAGCCACCCACGGGGUCAACAGACAGACUAUCUUUUUCUGGAACACGUGAGGAGACUCACUUUGGCUUUUUUCUCUUUGGACAUUCUUACUCCUCAUGGUGACUAUGAGGAAACUAUUCUGCCACCAUCGAUGACUGGUCCCUACCCUGAAGAUUCACCCCACCCACGCCUGAAGAUGACUGCCUCUUGAAGUUUCCUGACCAUGAACUCACUUUUUGAGAAAGCCAGCUUUGAACCCCUCAUGGUUCAAAAUACCAGCUCUGCCAAUCACACCUGUUUAGGAUCUUUUGUCUCGGCAAUGGUGCUCCCCACAAUAGGUUUAGGAAUAUCAGAUCUUAUUUUCUAAAAUAGGCAAAGCUCCAUGAAGGCCUGAGGUCUAAUGCCCUUGUGGUAGACCUUCCUUGUAGCCUCUGCUGCUGCCCUGGAGCAGUUGUCCAGCCCUACUUCCUCUGACCCCACCCCUACUUCCUCCACAUUAAAGAUCCAAGGAAAAUGUACAUAAAACCAAUUCUGAGGGUAAGUUUAUGGGAGAAAUACACAGUUGGGUUUGGGGAGUCAGAAUGGGAAAGACAUAGCCAGUUAAUGUGUUAGCCAGGUCCCUCAGAAACUGCUGGGCUCAGCGCGCCUGCGUGGAGUCUCACAGACCAACCUAAAGACCAGAAGAUUCCUCCUCCUUCAAGAAAGACUUCAACAAAGGAGAUAGGAUGUUACAACCAUGGAUUCACCUUCCAGCUCCUCCCAGAAACACAGUGGGAAGAAGCAGUUGCUAUAUUGUUGCAUGGGCUCUGAAAGGACCCCUCUGGAGGUCUGUGCUCACUUCUGUGUGGCCCCAACUCUUCCUAGGGACCCUCUGGGUGGGACCAGUCUUCAGGAUUCAUCAUGGAAGGGAGUUUGUGUUUGGGGUCAUAUUUCUAAGAACAGGCCUUAUGAGAAGAAAAGUAUGAAGUCAAGUCAACAUUCCCAGAGCAAGUUGGGCUCUCUGUCCUAUCACCACCUGGGAGGGUCUCAGCCCCUUGCCAAGGGUAUCUGCAUGACUGGGUUUCCUCACCCAACAGGCCAACAGGACACAGCCCUAUGGCUGCCUAAAUAGAUAAUUGCCAAAAGGUAAUUAACUGAAUCUAGCUUUUCUCCAUUCGGGUGUGUUGGGAGGUAGGAGAGGUGCAAGGUGGCUUCACUAUUUACCAGUCACCCACUAAUUGCCCUGAUAUCUUGAAAAGUCAACACCUAUCUCUUAUUUUGUAGCCUGGCAGCUGUCUGUGA